AUGGCCAGUGCCACUGAACCCGAUCCAGUGCUACUGGACACACCAUUUGUCCUCCAGGAUCUGUCCCUGGCUCUGUUGACCAAGAAGUUCCUAAGGCUGUUGCGUGGCAUCCAUCAUGGUUUCAUAGACCUUAACCUCGCGGCAAAGAACCUCAUCACAAGCAAACCGAGGGUCUAUGACCUCACCAACUGCCUGGAGUGGACCAACCUUAUUCAGAAACAAUCUGCCAACAAGAUCAAGUGGUUAGGUCCGUGUCCAGUCACCAGUUUUGUGGGGCCGAAGCAGAGGUUUUAGCGGGAGCUGCAGAACCUGAAGACGGUGGAGGAAAGUCUGGAUGAGCUCAUCAAGACCUGUGCACAGCAGCUCUUUGACAUGAUGGACAGCCUAGACAACAGAGAAUAUCAUUUUAGAACAUAAACACUGUAAAAAACUGUUGGUCACUAAAUCCGUCUAGAAGGACCAUGUAAAAGUGGUCGGCUGGUAGGCCCUCGCCCGUCUGAGCGGUUGGCUGUGAAUGCCCUCGCCGUCUGAGCGGUCGGCUGUGAAUUACUUCGCACGUCGGAGCGUCGGAUGUGAAUGACCUCGCACGUCGGAGCGUCGGCUGUGAAUGCACUCACCCGUCAGAGCGGUCGGCUGUGAAUGCCCUCGCCCGUCGGAGCGGUCGGCUGUGAAUGCACUCGCACGUCGGAGCGGUCGGCUGUGAAUGCACUCGCACGUCGGAGCGGUCGGCUGUGAAUUCCCUCGCACGUCGGAACGGUCGGCUGUGAAUGCCCUCGCACGUCGGAACGGUCGGCUGUGAAUGCCCUCGCACGUCGGAACGGUCGGCUGUGAAUGCCCUCGCCCGUCGGAACGGUCGGCUGUGAAUGCCCUCGCCCGUCGGAGCGGUCGGUUGUGAAUGCCCUCGCCCGUCGGAGCGGUCGGCUGUGAAUGCCCUAGCCUGUCGGAGCGGUCGGCUGUGAAUGCCCUCCCCCAUCUGAGCAGUCGGCUAUGAAUGCCCUCCCCCAUCUGAGCAGUCGGCUAUGAAUGCCCUCACCCGUCUGAGCAGUCGGCUAUGAAUGCCCUCCCCCAUCUGAGCAGUCGGCUGUGAAUGCCCUCACCCGUCUGAGCAGUCAGCUAUGAAUGCCCUCCCCCAUCUGAGCAGUCGGCUAUGAAUGCCCUCACCCGUCUGAGCAGUCGGCUAUGAAUGCCCUCCCCCAUCUGAGCAGUCGGCUAUGAAUGCCCUCCCCCGUCUGAGCAGUCGGCUAUGAAUGCCCUCACCCGUCUGAGCAGUCGGCUGUGAAUGCCCUCCCCCAUCUGAGCAGUCGGCUGUGAAUGCCCUCACCCGUCUGAGCAGUCGGCUGUGAAUGCCCUCCCCCAUCUGAGCAGUCGGCUGUGAAUGCCCUCACCCGCUACACAGUGCAUUCGGAAAGUAUUCAGAACCCUUCCCUUUUUCCACAUUUUGUAACGUUACAGCCUUAUUCUAAAAUAGAUUUUAAAUGGUUCCUCAUCAAUCUGCACAUAAUACCAAAUAAUGACAAAGUGAAAACAUUUUCAAAUGUAUUAAAAAUAAAAACAGAUAUUCCUUA